CUAUUUGUGCCUAAAACAAAAACUGUCAAUUCAUCUUAACAUCCGGAAUCGUUCAGUUCAAUUCUAGAGGAUGUUUAUGCUCACUUAUAUCUAAUGAAGAAAUUCAGCCUUCGAAAUUUGGAGGAUUUUAAAUGAGUCAAGUUUAAACGUCUAACUAAACAGAGCCAUUAAUAUGAGUUAAAUAGUUGAAUGGAAGAUUCGGCUUAAAAGGUUUGAUUUGCAAUUGAAAUGUUUUAUUCAAAUAAUUUUCGCAUAAGUCACGACAUUGUUUUCAUCAUCCGUGAGGACCUUUUUCCAAUGAAUAUUUAAUGAAGUGAGUCUUAUAUUACCGUCUGUUUAUACCAAUGUUAAAAGACACUGAAAAGCCAUCGGGGAAGUUUCUCUUGAUCUCAGUAGCUUUGCGGUGGUGGUCGCCUCGAAGAAACCUCGGAACAGCUUAACCUGGAGAAAAGCUCAUAUCGAAAAUGGCAAAUAACACGACAGACGAGGUGGAUGACGGAAUUUACCUUCAGUUACCUCUUGGGUUCACAAUCUUCGAAUUGAGCCUUCAAAUCUUAAUCGGUUUAUUUGGCUCCAUUGGAAAUGCUAUCUCUUGCGCUGCCAUAAUCAGAAGACCAAAAGUGUUUUCUGCCAUGAGCCAUUAUCUUUUAAGCCUAGCACUCGCAGAUCUAGGUGUCUUGAUGUUUAUUUUACCUUUAACCAUCCUUCGAGCUCAAUUUCCUUUUAAAUGGGUACUCGGGAGAUUUGUUUGUUUGUACGUCACACCCUGCUUGGAAGCUUUCUAUGGAGCAUCCGUGUGGUCCAUCACAAUUAUUGCGGUCGAACGCUACGCAAACAUCGCCUGGAAAGAAAUAAGAAUUGGAGGAAGAAGGUCAUUGAAGCGAUCUCGGUUGAUCAUUAACGCUGUAUGGCUGGUAUCCUUCGCUACACGCAGCAUACCACUUCUCGUCCAUGUAGAGUACUAUUCUAGUUUUCAGUUUUGCAUCAAUACACUGACGACGACCUCUCACCGUACAGUUGUCACGAUGAACUUCAUACUGCAUUACCUCCUGCCACUAAGCAUCAUAGCUUUCUGCUACCGAAGGAUCGGCAACAUGGUGUCCAGAAGAACAAGGAAAUUUCAAGACGAGACAACAAAGCUCUCGGGAGUGAGAGAAUCGUCCUCGAUGGUAAACUCGAAAGCCAUCUUACAUCAGACCAAGAAAACGCAACAAAUCCUUAGGCCGUUGGUGGUACUGUUUGCUUUGACCAUGCUACCCUUAAAUGUGUUCGACCUCGUGGGAGUCUAUUGGCCAGACUUCGUUUAUGUGAGCUUCCACAAAAUUCUUAUCUCGAUCGUGGCUAUAUCGACGUUCACAAACUCUGCGGCAGAUCCUCUGAUAUACUGUGCUGUCAGUAGAGAGUUUCGAACAGAGGUGAAGUCGUUGCUACCCCACUGUUUCCAGGCACACCCAAAGAAGAGGAGACAAAGCAGUUCUUCUUCCCUCGCCAAGACAACAAGGUUAAGGGAAACUCAUAUGACGAGGGUUUCAACUCAAUCUGAUACACCAUUUUGAGUGAAAAAAAAGAAAGACUGAGCAAGGCGCGAGAAAAAAAAAUUAUAUUUAAAGGCUGGGAGAAAAACGCUUUUAAACUUGAGAUCAUUUAAUAUGUUAAACAGACUGGUAGACUGACAUUGUUCAUUUUGCAUUUGAGCCUCAGUGGAAGAGAUGUUAAAAGUAGAAACACGCUGGAAAAUUAUCAUCACUAAACAACAUUGCAAAUUAAUUAAGAUUGAUCAGCAGAAAUAGUUAACUCUCCGGUCGCUGAGCAAUUUUGGCUCCCCACAUCCAUUACAUCAAUUUUAAAAAAAAGUAUUGUGUAGAAUGACACUAUGAUACUGUCUGAAUACCGAAAGCUUUAGACUGAUCAUUAUUCGUCGUAUGCCGUAUGCUCAGUUAUAAUGAAAUGACUGCAUUCUGUUUUUUCUGUUAAACAAUCGUUUAAUAAGCUCUUCUCCUGUAAAAUUAAUAUAGUUUUCGGUUCCUGAGUAAAGUUCUUAAUCAAAAUG